CCGUACUCCCGUACUCUCUCGCUCGUUUCCCUUCGUUUCCACCCUCACCCUCGCCCUCACCCUCUCUCUCCUGACCCUGACAUUAAUUGUGCUGGUCUUUGCCCUUACUCCAAAAUAAAGCUCUUGGCUAUGCCUCCUUCCCGCUCCGUCUACUCAUAAUUUCCCGGGCCCCAACUACCACUCCCGCCCACAUAAGACUUGACUGGCCACCACCACCACCACACCUUCCGUCUUGACCUGACCGUCUACCAGCCCAGUCAGUCUCACACGCACCGCACCGCACCGCACCGCGCUGCUCCUGCUGCUGCUGCUGCUACUACUACUACACCCACCACCACUCGCAGUCACCACCACCACCACCACCACUGCCAACGACGUCUGACCUGCAACGCUCCUUUGCUGCUUUGCUCAACUACAUAACAACAGACCACAACCCUUACUCUUCUUCUUCACCACACGUACACAAUCACCCGCACUACUCGCCAAACAACUCAACCUGCCAAAAACAAAACAACAGAAAACUCAUUGUGUUCAAUAGUUGCGCGCCCGGCACUCGACCCGAGGGAUCUGCCCAUUGACUCAUCUGCAACUGUUGCGCCGUGCGCACCCUCCCGAGGAACCACCACCACCACCACCCAAGACUUUCUCUCUUGUUGCGCCGAACCACCUCCCACCCGAUUCAACGUUCGAUUCUUCUUGCCGGACACGAGCCUGCGCGACCUAGGACUGCAACCAGUUGCCAGAAGCGAACGCAAGGUGUCAAGGAAGACACACGAAAAAAGAACGAACGAGCAUCCGCUGCGGGAUCAUUGCAUAGCGGCUUGCCAAUGCUGUCGGUCCCGUCGACCCCAACCUGGAAAUAGACCCAAACCAGUCACUUGCAUACAACACCUGCCACAUCACACACCUCGCCUUGGAGAGCCCAUCGCAGCAACUGCGCAGGCCCGCACAUUUUUGUCGAGCAACCCCCAAACCCAGAGGCCGGAACUCCCAAAAGACGAAACGACGGACACCUGCCAUCACGAUUGGCCCAGUCCGACCCUGCUCUCGUCCGCCCUGCCACGCCUACAUCUUCUCUACGCCUACGCCUGAUUCACUCUGCUGGUCCGCCUGCAGUGUACCAGUACGAACCACCAGCGCCCAUAACUCUCCCACCCGUGUGGUCUGUCAGGACCUCUGGUUUGCCGCAUCGCAUCGCACCGCGCGGCGACCUACACGACUCUGCAGCAAAGAGAUCACCACCCUUUCCCCACGGCCUGCUGCUUCCUUCUUGGACCCGAACCCUUGCCCGCCUGCCAGACAGCCCCGUGUGUGUGGAACGCCCACCUUCAUAUCGCAGGAUCGACCUCCUCCCACGCAUCCCCCGCAUUCUCUAUCCCUCUACGGGCCGUUCCACACGACCACACUCUCCAAGGAUGCCGUCUCAAGCAGCUACUACUUCUUCAUAAAAACGCCAGAUCAUCCACCUAGGAUCUCGCCGCGGGGACCUCUCCAAACCCGCGUGUAGCGAAGGGCUACCCCCACGAAACUCACAUCAUGUCUCCCACCUCUACUUCAACUCAGUUGCCCUCACCUCUACCCCUUUCCAAACCUCCCACCAUGCCUCCUCAGUCUACUCAGUUUAGGCGCACACGUCCAAGCCAUGUACAGACAAACAUCCCCUCCAACAUUCACCUACAACACCUACAGCAACAGCAGCAAUCACAAUUCGCAGUACCAGCUUCAGCAAUAAGCGCCUCUUCCGUGGCCUCCAGCUCGCAGCAGGGCUCGCCCGUCAUGUCCCCAGAGAACGCCGUCAUGACGAGCAACAGCUCGCUCCAGGCUUCCCCUGAGCACCGGGGCCGUGAGCUUGCGGACGACCAGUUCUCGGCCGGCUCCUUUUCUCUGCCCGAGUCCGUCAUCUCAAGGAAGACGAGUGACAACUCGCUUGGGCAGACCUUGGUGGGCAGCCCCAGUGCCAUGUCAGAGGCCGUCAGCAAAAGCAACAAUAUCAUUCGGCGUCUGUCGAACCGGGCCACGGCCAGGUUCACCCGCCGCAGGACAUCCUCCGCUGCGCCCAACAGCCGUGACGGCAGCGUUGGCCCCGGUAUGCUCCGCCGGAGGAGUGACAGCAACAACACGGCCCCGCCCGACCUUGCCGCGUAUAGCGACUCUGACGAUGAAAUCAUUGAUGAGAUGGACGAUCUCAGGUCGUUGAUUGGUGGUCUUGACGGGGCUCUCAGAGAGUCGUCCUCGAAUAGCACCACCGCGUCUCUGGCCGGCUCCACCUCGCCUUCCAACACCACCGCCGGCCCCGUCAUCCCCUUCCAGCUGCUCAAGGGCACCUGGAUUAGGAAGGUCUCCAAGAAGAACUGGAAGAAGCGUUUCAUCCUGGUCCUGGAGCCCGACGCCGCCAAGAUUUCCUGGGAUAAGUCCAGGGGAAAGCAGCUCUACAUUGACGACAUCAAGGAGAUUAGGACCGGUUCCGAUAUUCGACAGUACCGUCUCGACUAUGGCGUGCCGGAAUCCGAAGAGGCCCGCUGGUUCUCCAUCAUGUACGUCGUGCACAACACGUCAAAGACCAAGAUGAUGCACCUGGUCGCCGACGACGAGAGCACCUUCCACAACUGGGUGACUACGCUCGAGGCCAUCUCCAAGCACCGACAAGAUCUCAUGGCGUCCUUGAUGGCCUUUAACGACCGUGCCAUCCGCGACUACUGGCUCACUGAGAUGGCAAGGCAGAGUGGUGAGAAGACGCUGUCUCUCGACGUCGGCGACAUUGACUUUGAGGGAGUCCAGCGCGUCUGCCGGAAUCUUCACAUUCACGCCUCGUACCAGGAUUUGUCCGAAAAGUUUGGUAAGGCGACUGGCACCGACACUGGUCGCGGGAAUCGUCGCCUCAACUUUUUCGAAUUCCAAAAGUUUGUCGGUUUGAUGAAGCAGCGUGACGACAUUCGCCAUAUCUACUAUCAGAUCGCGGCUAACCCACUAGCCGGCCUCAGCAUCGACGAGUUCAAGAAGUUUUUGCGCGACGUCCAGGGAGAGAACGUUGAAGCGGACCCUGCAUUCUGGGAGACUGCGUAUAACAAACUGGCCCGCAAGCACGCCAAAGAUUCCGAGUGGACGAGCGAAGGCCCUCGCAUGAACGACGCCGCCUUUGCCGCUUAUUUGACGUCGACCUACAACCUGCCCGUCAUCAAGGAGCCCAAGACCUACUCCCUCGACCGUCCGUUGAACGAGUACUUCAUCUCCAGCUCUCACAACACCUACCUUAUGGGUCGACAGGUCGCCGGUCUCUCGAGCGUCGAAGGCUACAUCUCCGCGCUCGUCCGCGGUUGCCGUUGUGUGGAGGUCGACUGCUGGGAUGGACCGGAUGGCAACCCCACGGUGAACCACGGCCGCACGCUCACCACUUCGAUCAGUUUCCAGGAGACCAUGACCACGAUCAACAAGUACGCCUUUAUUGCGACCAAGUACCCUCUGUGGAUCUCCCUCGAGGUCCACUGCAACCCGGCGCAACAGGCCGAGAUGGCCCGCAUCAUCAAGGAGACCUUUGGCGCUCGUCUCGUCACCGCACCCCUGGAUCCAUCCUCGGACAAGUUCCCGUCGCCCGAGCAGCUCAAGGAGCGAGUGCUCAUCAAGGUCAAGCGCCCGCAGCCACCCCCGGAGCCCACCAAGCCGGCCGAGUCGACCGGUCGCCGACGGGGCAACAGCCUGAGUUCCCCGUACCCCAAGCCGGUUCAGCUGGACAACAGCAUCGUCCCCUCGCAGUCGCUGCCGCAGAGCCCCAUCCUGAGCCCGAGCCACUCGUCCCGCCGUCUCGUCAGCAAGAGCCGUGUCAACACCAUCACCGAGGGCGAGGUCCAGGACGCCCUGAGCAGCAGCACGAGCGACAACGACAGCGCCGGCGAGCGCAUGCCCCCCAGACGGUCAUCGAACAAGACGGUCAAGGUGCUGGGAGAUUUGGGUGUGUACUGCGCCGGCCUCAAGUUUGGUGGUUUCGACGCCACCGAGGCCAAGGCGUACAACCACAUCUUUUCCUUCAUGGAGUCGAGCUUCCACAAGAACAGCCGGUCCAAGGAGGAGAAGAGAGCCAUCCAGCUCCACAACAUGCGGUACCUCAUGCGCGUCUACCCCGACCGCACUCGAAUCACGUCCAACAACUUCAACCCGAUCGGCUACUGGCGCAAGGGCGUGCAGAUGGCCGCACUCAACUGGCAGACGUUCGAUCUCGGCAUGCAACUCAACCAGGCCAUGUUCGAGAGCGGCACCGACCGAUCCGGCUACGUCUUGAAGCCCAAGGAGCUGCGCGAGAUCAAGGUGAUGCCCCCCGGAUGGGAGGGCCACCACCGGGAACGCCAGGAGGUCACCUUCACCAUUGAUGUCAUCUCGGCCCAGCAGCUCAUGCGCCCCAACGGCAUGCCCAACAACAAGACGGUCGACCCGUACGUCGAGGUGGAGGUGUUCCACUCCAGCGACAAGAGGGACAAGAAGGACACCGACGCCGAGGGCUCGCUUUCGGAUACGCCCCUCAUGUUCCGCACCAAGAUCAGGGCGGGCAACGGCUUCAACCCCAUCUUCAAUGAGAAGUUCACCUUCAAGGUCACGACCAAGUUCCCCGAACUCAUCUUUGUUCGCUGGUCGGUCAAACUCUCGCACAACGGCGAGAGCUACAACGACCGCCAACCCGUCGCGACGCACACCGCCAAGCUCAACGGCCUCAAGCGCGGCUACCGCACCCUGCCCCUGUUUGACCACAACGCCGAACAGUACCUCUUCUCGACCCUCUUCUGCCGCAUCAACAUCGACUCCGUCCAGACCGUUCUGCUCAGCAACAACGACGACCUGGAAUCCACGGGCACCAGCAAGUCUCGUGGCGUCGGACGCGUCUUUAACACGUUUGGCACUCGAUCCAACAACAUUAGCCCCAAGUCCAGCAUGGAGAAGGCGACCUAGACGGCUCCAUCACAUGGCCGUCCCCUCUGUACCAUGCUGAGGCCUCACCACCUUCGCUUCUUGGCAUAAAUUUGUUUUCUUUUUUAUUCCCCAAGUUUUGUAUCAGUAUCGACAGAGAAUUAACGACAUAUGCCCGGGGGGGCCUCGAGUACCCCCUGGGGCGAAACGACACGGCCGAACCCAAAAAGACAGAAUUCCCAGCGCGCCCCAAUUUUUUGGAUCUAAUGUGCUACCAAUACCCCCUUUGGCAUUCGACUGCGGCGUACUAUUAUUGGCAUGAAGGAGAACUUCCUGGUGUAGUCUACGACUAUUUUUCUUUCGCUUCACCCGCUCUCCUUGAAGGAUGCGAGGCACUUUUUUCUAGGGAUACCAACGGGACACCUUUUUUUUUCUUUUCUACUUUUUUCAUUUGUUCAUGGGAUUAUUCAUUGGGACGGCGAAAUAAGGGCAUAACCGUCACCGCCCCCGAGAGGCCUGAUGCCCGGGGGUCGCGUCGACUUUUUGAAACGGGAAAGGACACACAGCAUAUACCACAUGUCAGGAAGGGACAGGAAUAUCAUAGAACUGGGAUCAAUCCGACAUGAUGAAAGCAAGAGUCGAGAAAAGACCAUAGGAAAAAAAGUUUCUUUCUUGUUUCGAACGAUUUGUCUCGAAAGAGGACCCACAGUACACGAUGGCGGAUGACUGUUACUACUCACCUUUUCAAGCGUUGCAUUACCCCUGGGUCGGUUUGUGAGAGGUGUUUUGUUGAUUAACGGGGGAGGAAUCUCCUGGCGACUAGGGAGGAAUUUGCUGACUGCGUGGAGGAUAUCUGGACGAAGCGGAUGGCCAGGACGGUCCCGCUAGGCAUCGGGCUAGCAUGGUUUGGAGGGGGUAAUCUGUUUAAGCAUUGACGUGAAGCAUAAUCAUCUGGAAUGGAUGGACC